AUGGACGAAAUUAAUAACUAUGCAAAGGACCUGGGUGUCACAGCUAUCAGCGAGCUCCCCGAUUUGAUCGCAGCCAUACACAAUACACUCGACACUGAAUUCAAAUACAGUAGCCUGCAAAGUGUGGAACAAAAGUUUGGAGGACUGCUUCCAUCGGGGGGUGGUUCUGCUACCAAUGAUUACUUAGUUGGCCAGAAUCAACAAGUACGAGAUCAUGCCGUGAAUGUUGUUAACUCGCUGUAUGCGAUUCAACGGUACCUGUACACGCUCGUGCCGAUGAUUGAAGAUGGAGGAAAUUUCGGUGUUUCGAUUCAG